GGCGGCUUAGAUUUAGCACUUUGCGCCACCUGCUGGCUGAUAUUCAUCAAACGAAGGGGAGGAAACUUUCCUAGUUACUAUCAACUUCCACGAUGCCAGCACCAAGUACCUUAUCAAAUUGGUCAAUGUAUAGAUUACUUGAAUUAUCGUCAGUUAACUGCCUAUUUGUAAUUGAUGCCAUUAAAUAUUUAUACCCACAAUUGAAUUCAAGUUGUCCUGAUGACUGUAAAAUAGAUAAACUGCAAGACUUCCAUAAACAAUUUUCAACUAUACACUCAAUUCAUAGUUGUAAAAAUUUUGAAAAUAUCAAAGAACAUGAUUUUAAUUGGUUUAUUAAUUUAUAUUCCAAGGUCAAUUCCUCAGAGACAUGUAGCAGCCCCUCAAAGGGUGAUAUUUUCCAGUUAUGUCAAAAAACUAAUGAAGAUUUCAGUAAACUGUUGAAGCAGUUAAUGGAACAAUAUUCUUGUCUAAGCUUAGAACAAAAUUUUGAUAUAACAAAACAGUUAGCUUUAUUAAAAUUAUUCCACCAGAAUAUGCUUGAGCUUCAAAGCAAGACAGAAUUCAAUAUAGAUAAAGAGAUGAAGUCUCCUUUUACUUGGUCAGACAUAGAACCAUUGAAUCAAGAUUGUUCUGAAUCUAAUUCAAAGACACUUCAUCCAGUUAGUACAACAAAAGGAAUAAUUUUAAUCUUGCAAGAUAAUGAUACACAGAAAUGUUUAGAUGCUCAACAACUAUUAAACAAUGCAUCACCUAGUUCAUCAUACAAUCAAACUGCAACACAGAAUGCUCCAGUGGAUACACUAAAUAAACACUCAGAAAGUGGAAAUGUGAUAUUUCAAAAGAUAUCUGUUAAUAAAUCAAAAAAAACUAUCCAAAGAGAGAUUGACAGAUUUGUUUCUGAAGUGUGUAGAAAGAAUAAAUCAUUGCUUCUUGAGAUAAACGAGAACUAAACUAUAUGAUAAAAGCAUAAAUCUUGGUAUACCUUUAACUCAUGAAGAUGUAUAUCUUGUUAAUUCUGAAAACAAGGAAGAUGUUUUGUCAAGAUAAAAAAAAAAAAAAGACGGAAAUCAAAUCUGAAAAAAUUCAAAGAUAAAAUUAUGGGAAAAAAGCAUAAACAAGUACAAGUGUAAACAAUUAUAUAAAAGAACUCAACCUUGUAAAAUGCUUGUUUUUAAAACAAAAACCCAUUACCUCUGAUUUCCUUGUAAUUUUUAUUUUUCUCCAAUUUCAUGUAGUGAUUUAAUUUGUUACUUUCAUUUUGGUGCUAGUUCAAUUUUUUUUAUAGAGGAGAGACAGUCAAAUGAGUCUACUGCCUUACUGUUGCCUUGUUACCAUCUUAGAGACAUUGAGUUUAUAUACCAUAAAAAAAUCAGGGACAACUCAUUGAUGUUUGUAUUAAUGCCACUUUUAUGGAUAUUUUUUUAGUUGAAAUUUAUUUUUCUUAAUAUAUCUUGUUCUUGUUGCUAUAUUCUCUCAGUAAAUUUCUAUAUCUUUUAUACCUAUUUAUGAACAAUAAAGUCUAAAUCCCAAAUACUUGUCUGAUAAAGAAAUUUUAUCAUCAUCGUUUAACGUCUGCUUUCCAUGCUGGCAUGGGUUGGACAGUUUGACUGAAAACUGGCAAGCCAGGAGACUGCACCAGGCUCCAAUCUGAACCAGCGAGAUUUCUACAGCUGGAUGCCCUCCUAACACCAACCAUUCCAAGAGUGUAGUGGGUGCUUUUUAUGUGCCACCAGCACAAGGGCCAGUCAGAUGGUACUAGCAUCAACCAUGCUCGAAUGCUGCUUUUUACACGCUACUGGCAUGAGAGCUUGUCAGGCAGUACUGGCAUUGACCAGGCUCAAAUGGUGCUUUUUACAUGCCACCAGCACAGGUGCCAGUCAGGUGGCACUGGCAUCAGCCAUAACAACAGCUUCACUUGACUUACCAGGUUUUCUCAAGCACAGCAUAUUGCCCAACAAUUGAAAGGUACUUUUAAGUGGGCCGGUUAUGCAACACUAGCAUCAACCAUGGCUACGAUCUCACUUGGCUUGUGGGGUCUUCUCAAGCACAGCAUAUUUCCAAAGGUCUCAGUCGCUUGUCUUUGCCUCUGUGAGGCCCAAUGUUCGAAGGUUGUGCUUCACCACCUUAUCCCAGGUCUUCCUGGGUCUACCUCUUCCACAGGUUCUCUCCACUGUUAGUGUGUGACAUCGUAAUACAUAUACUUGUCUGAGAUUUUAAUCUUUUCUACUCUAGGCACAAGGCCUGAAAUUUUGGGGGAGGGGGCCAGGCGAUUAGAUUGACCCCAGUACACAACUGGUACUUAAUUUAUCAACCCCAAAAGGAUGAAAGGUAAAGUCAACCUCAGUGGAAUUUGAACUCAGAAUAUAAAGACAGACAAAAUACCGCUAAGCAUUUCAUCUGGUGUGCUAACGUUUCUGCCAGCUCACCGCCUUGUCUGAAAUGUUAAUGCUAUUAGACUAUGAAGAGGAAAAUGUGGAAGAGAAAGGUGAAAAUAUUAUUCAUGCAGUGAAGAAGUCAUUAUCAAUCAUUCACUCAAUACAUUUGGAAAGUCUAUUAUUUAGUUAUUCAUUGAUAUGAAAGCACAACCAUCCAACUUAUGCCAGCAUGGACAACAGACUUUAAAUGAUGAUAUCAUCACUGGUUUUUAUGCUUAUUUCUUAGUAUUUGAACUGUUGGAGUUAUUUUCGCAAUUUAUCCAGUACAACCCUUAAACAAGUAAAUAGUAUUUUCUUAAACAAUAGAUCCACUUAUUUCAGUUUGUGACUUAUUCAUGAAUAGACCAACACUAGCGCCCCUGAGGGUAAUAUUCUCUGGGAACACACAAAAGCCCUUUUCAGAGUUAUUUACUUUGAAUUGUUAUUAUCUCAUAUCUGAUUAGUCUGUUAUUACGUAACAUGCUGCAUGAUUUUAGUAUACAUACCUUAUUAAUAUUUCUUCCUAUGUCCUAUAUACACUGGGAAUGCAUUAAAACCCUUUUCAGGGCUGCUUUAUUUGAAUUCUUACUAUCGGGUAACUAAUUUCAUGUUAUUACUUAACUGACUUUACAAUUUGGGAAUUCCUAAAAACAAGAUCCUGUGUAAGACAGUUUGGUAUUCUCUGUAAAUGCACAAAAACCGUUUUAAGGGCUACAUACUUUGUAUUGUUGCUAUUGGAUUAGCGAAACAAUUAUGAGAAUGGAACCAAGGGAUAAGCCCCGCUUUCCCAGGAAUUACCGGGUACGGCAGCUAGUUGUUAUGAUAAACAGUAGCAUAGUACCCAUAAAAAAUGACCGAACUUAAUUCCUAGAAAAAAGGGAGGGAAGAAACAGCUUAAUGAUGGUCAGAUACUUGAAGAAGGUAAUCUUUGGUUAUAAAGGACCACUUUGAAUUUGUCACACUGUAGCUGAUAACAAUAGUGAUAGCAGCUGAAAAUCUUUGUCUGAAUCUGUGCUUCGAUCAACUUAUUAGUCAUUGAGGAUAUUUUUGUGAGUACGUAAAAAUUAUUUUUUGCAUAGUUCAUCAUCUCAUCAUCAUUUAAUGUCCUCCUACUAUGCUGGCAUGUUUUGGACAGUUUGAUAGGAGCUGGUCAAGCAGAAGCCUGCACCAUACUUCUGUGUCUUGUUAAUUUUUGUGUUAAGAGUUCUUGUUCAUUUUCAUGUUGUUCAGUUUUAACUUUACAGCCACUUUCUGUGCUGGUUUAGAUUGAUACAUCCCUAUCCAAGUCAGUUCUUAUUCAUAGUUUCUGCCUUGUUUGAUGGAUCAUAGGACCAUGUAUUGCUCAUAUAUUUUAUUUAAGCACAGUUUCUAUGACAAGACACUCUCCCUAACAUCAACCAGUUUUAAAGACUGUAUUGGGUGCAUUUUAUCAUGGCAUCGUCUCUAGAGGCGUUAGUUAACCAUAAUGAAAUGAGCAAAUUACCAGUGCGUGAGUUUUUGUUAGUAGAAUGACCCUCCCAAAAUAUUCGACUGAAUCAGUGGAGAUAGAACAAUGAUGCACAUAAGCAUGGUGACAACCUAGAAUUUUUUUGAAAGAUUUUAUUGCUAUUUGUGAAUAAUAUCCUGUUUUUGUUUUUGCUGUCCCAAAAUAUAAAACUACUUCUAUUUGCUGUAAAUGGCAGUGUUCUGGAAUUGGAGAAAAUGUGUCUUGUCUGAAUUAUUGCUAUGAUAAUAUUGUCUUCGUUUGUUUCAACUUUUAAUCCCUAAAGCAAUAUUAUUGUUUGUAUCAUUCUUUUGCACAACUGCUAAGAAAGCUCUAUUUU